AGCGCUCUCAAAAAUACCUUUCAAACACAGGGAGGCCUUUCUCAGCUUUCAAGAAGGCCGGGGUGGUGCCUCUUGUCUUUGUGUGUAUAUAUACCCCCACACCUUCACUACACAUUAAUCAAUCACACCCACAUUGAACAACAGAUACCCACUAGCUACUACUAUUUCAAUUCAGUGUUUGUUUGUUGUUCACACUGUCAAGUAAGGUAUGGAAUCUUCGGACAAGGUGGUGGAGACUGUGAUAGUAGGAAACUAUGUAGAAAUGGAGGCUGAUGGGAAAGGCAAGGACUUCAAGUCCAAGCUUUCCAAGUUCUUCUGGGAUGGUGGCUCCACUUAUGAUGCUUGGUUCAGCUGUGCUUCAAAUCAGGUGGCUCAAGUCCUGCUGACUCUGCCAUACUCAUUUUCACAGCUGGGAAUGCUUUCAGGAAUACUCUUCCAGCUCUUCUAUGGCUUAUUGGGUAGCUGGACUGCUUAUCUCAUUAGUGUACUCUAUGUUGAAUACAGAACCAGAAAAGAAAGAGAAAAAGUUGAUUUCAGAAACCAUGUCAUUCAGUGGUUUGAAGUUCUUGAUGGGCUGCUUGGGAAGCACUGGAGGAACGUGGGGUUAGCAUUUAACUGCACAUUUCUUCUGUUUGGAUCUGUGAUUCAGCUCAUAGCUUGUGCAAGCAACAUAUAUUACAUAAAUGACAAUCUGGACAAGAGGACCUGGACUUACAUCUUCGGAGCUUGUUGUGCCACCACAGUGUUUAUUCCUUCCUUUCACAAUUACAGAAUCUGGUCCUUUUUGGGCCUAGUAAUGACUACUUACACUGCUUGGUACCUCACCAUUGCUUCAAUCCUCCAUGGUCAGGUUGAGGGAGUGAAGCACUCUGGUCCAACUAAGCUGGUGCUAUACUUCACAGGGGCUACAAACAUUCUCUACACUUUUGGGGGACAUGCUGUUACUGUGGAGAUUAUGCACGCAAUGUGGAAGCCUCAGAAGUUCAAGGCCAUAUAUUUACUGGCUACCAUCUAUGUGCUGACACUGACCCUUCCUUCUGCAUCGGCUGUAUACUGGGCAUUUGGAGACUUGCUUCUUGAUCACUCCAAUGCCUUUUCUCUCCUCCCAAAAUCGCACUUCAGAGAUAUGGCAGUCAUUUUAAUGCUCAUCCACCAGUUCAUAACAUUUGGGUUUGCAUGCACACCGCUAUACUUUGUUUGGGAAAAAGCUAUUGGUAUGCAUGACUGCAAGAGCUUGUGCAAGAGAGCAGCAGCAAGAUUGCCGGUGGUCAUCCCCAUUUGGUUCUUGGCCAUCAUCUUCCCAUUUUUUGGACCCAUAAACUCCACAGUUGGAUCACUUCUAGUUAGCUUCACAGUCUACAUUAUCCCAUCUCUGGCCCACAUCUUCACCUACAGAUCAGCUGCUGCUAGAGAGAAUGCAGUGGAGCGGCCACCAAGAUUUCUCGGAGGGUGGAUCGGGUCGUACACCAUCAAUGUGUUUGUGGUGGUGUGGGUGUUCGUGGUUGGGUUUGGUUUCGGAGGGUGGGCGAGCAUUACAAACUUUGUGCGCCAGAUUGACACAUUUGGGCUCUUCACAAAGUGUUACCAGUGUCCUCCACAAGCAGCACCAACGCUCUUCAACGCUACUACUCAUUCAGCUCCUCCUCCUCUCCACCACCCUCUCCUCAACCACACUCACCGCCCUUGAUUUGUCCACUCUGGCUGCUUUCGAUUACACCAGAAAAAAUGGACACCAGAAGUUUAGAGUUGAAUCAAAACAGAUGAGGAAGUGCCACAGUGUCUGUGCAUCAGAUUACUAUGCCCACCCAUCAAAGUACACAACCAGAUUUUUCUCUUUGCAUCCUUCUGUCUCUGUUGUUUAGCUUCUAGGGCCAUUUGUAUGAGUUGAAAAUGGGCAAGAAAAAUGUAUGAGACAUUUGAAAUUAAAAUUGUAAUUGAUCUCUCUUCUUGUGUUGUAUUGA